GUUCGAACAUAAUCAUCAUAUCUCCCAGCUCAUUAUGAGCAUAAAAUUAGCACAUAAAUUUUCUUAAAAAAUUAUCAGUUUUUAUGCAUAGAGCAGAUAUUGAUGAUUUUGGACCACUACAUGUACAUCAAGAAAAUGUGAAAUAUACAUUUUAAGUAGGCAGCUACCUUGAAGCAACCGAAGUCCUACUAUCAGAUGUUGUAUGUGCUCAUGUAUGAUGUAUGUUGUUUACAUGUUGCUGUGUGGAUGCUUAUUGUAUUGUCAGUAUUCUACAUGUGAUGUGUGUGAGUGUCUGUAUGUAAUAUACGUCUCUGUCAAACCUCCCAGCUAAACAGGUUCUGGCAGCUAUAUACAGUAGUCAGUGAUGUUCGGUUUACCCAGAACUUUAAUGUGUAAGCAAAACACUUGUCUUGAGAGUGGAUUUUUCAUCUAUACAUAGUACAGAUGAACCAAAUACAUACUUUCACGCACUACAUGUACUUUAUUAAUCACUGAUGAAACAAAGAAUUGUGCAGGACCUUUCAAGAUAAAGUCAUAUAGAGUUACGCAAGUAUUUAUGAUAUAUAGAUAUACUGUAGCUAUAGCUUAUUUUGUAAGACUAGAAUAUCCCUUAAGUAGAGGCAUGUCGGAUUGGAAUCAAGGCAUUUUCCUUAGCCAUUUUGUGGCAUUAAAUGUCAUGGUUUCAGAACUAUAUAUAGUUACUUUUCUUAUAUAGAACAAAAUUUUUUGAAACAAGUGCAAAUUUGCAAUAGCUGCCUGAUACGCUGGUUAGGAUUUUUUGCCUUGCAAGCUCAUUGUUAAGUGAGCAGCUCAUGUUAAAAGAUAGGAGGCCCAUAUUAGCAAAUAGGAUAUAAAAAACCAGCCAAAAGAAUAACGGACUGAGAUCUGCUUAGUCACAACUAAAAAAUUCAGAUUUGCAUUCCAAAAAUUGAAGCCAGUGUUGGCAUGUUAGAUCUGGCAAGAUUCAAUGUGACUGAAGUUUUCAGAUCCCACAUGAAUGAAUGAAUGAAUGAAUGGAUGAAACCUUUAUUUAAAGAGGGUAGAUCUGUCAAAUUUAACAAUUUUCUCUUCCCAGAAGCACUCUAUGACAAUACGUGAACAUUGAACAAGUACAAACAGUAUAUACAAUUUCAUUUUUUUCAGACAUGAAAACAGCCAAUAAUAUAUCACUUCAUAUGUCAGCCUAUAUAAAUUUAUUGGUUGAAAUAAUUUUUCAAAUAAUGGGACUUAAAAGCAGAAAGUGAUGGUGCUGUUUUGAUUAGACAUUCUAAACUAUUUCAAGCAUGACAGCCCACCAUUGUAAUCAUUGUAUCACUAUAUAGAUUACUACAACUCAGCUGAACUCGGCUAAUUAGGCUAAUUUUAACUCUAUUUACAUGCAAUUACUUGUAUGUCUUACAGAGAAGUACACAUUAAUAUGUGACCGGAUACAUGUACAUCCUUACUUCCUAAUUAUAUCACCUGAAGUGCUUACAUGGAAAGCUAUAUGAUAUGUAUUAUUUUAAAAUGCAACAUUACCUGACACGUGUAAUUGAAAUGGAAAGACAUUGCUGUGCCAUUGAUAUGGAAAAAGAAUUCACACAUAAGAUUUUCAUCUUUUACAUGUAUAGAGCUAUUUAGUGAAAAGGCCUUGAAAAAGAUUCAAUGAAGCAUAAAAGGCACAUGAGUGUACAUUAGUGUAGCACAGUUGUAUUGUUUAUUAGGGCUUGAUCCUCUGUUGACCCCAGCAGGAAGGCUAAGUGGAAACUCCUGACACUUUAGUUCAUAACCUCUGCUAACAAUACUGACAUUUACUUAUGAAGCAGGGGUGGUGAGGGGUGAAGUUAAGCCAGUGUGAGAUAGCUAGAUCAGGCUGGGCUGUGGGAUUGAGCACUAAGCACUGGCUCUCCUCACAACCACAGGACUGAACCCGCCUGGUCAGCAAUGGUUCAUUGCCCCUGUUGGUUGCAUAGCUGAGCAGCAGAUCCACCAUACCUGUGGGGUGCAUGUCCACCUCGAUCCAAGGCAACAGGUGGGGCCAGCACAGCUGACCUGUGGCCACCAGCACGACCUGAAUGGCCUGGACGACCCAUCAGGCUACCACACCUGGCCGCGGAAAGGGGAGAAACUUUGCAAGAUGAGACACAUCCAUCAAAAAGAGGGACAGAUUGCGGCUGACCAGACAAACUCCUCGCAGUGCUCAGAUGGGUUACAGGACAGUUGUCAUAGCGCAAUGGAUAGUCAAUCAAUCCAGAGACACUCAGUGUGCACAGCUUCUGAUGCAGAUCCACUGUCUCACUACCCCAGUGACCCUAAGGUCCAAUACCCUGGAGAGCCUAAGGCCCAAUACCCUAGUGCUCUUAGCAAACCUGUGAUGUAUAUAGACAGUGACAAUUCACGGUCUCUGGACUCGGACACUGCCAGGUCCGGCUUCAGUCAGGAUCAUUUGGACAAUGGAGUCAUGCAACCAGAGAGAGACACUAAUAAUGUUAGGAAGAAAGAUAACUUGACAGAUUUAAGGAUUUCCUCAGAUUCAAAAUCAGAAGUAGAUCGUGCUCUGAAAGGGACACCACUGUAUGGUCAGCCUGCAUGGUGGGGAGAGGAUGAGAAGGAAGGACAGGGUACAGAGACUGGGUCCUCGGCACCACAACCCAAAUCCCACUCAGAUGUCAAAUCUGUGGAGUCCACCACAAAACCCGGGGCUGACAUUGACUGGGGUUAUGACCCUCAGAAGUACAAGUCUGACCCUAAGUACAGCCAGCGGUACAUGGAGAUCCCUGCCCGGGACACUGAUCCUGACCUGGAGAGUCCAGUUCAUCCCACGAUGAAUAAUGACUCUGUCCUCUCAAAGGACAGCCUAUCACCAGAUGUCUCUCCUAACCAGGACAAGAGAGAAGUGUCAGUGGAGAAGAGCCUGAGUUCUCAACCAACCACCAAAACACACGACACAAGCGCCAUGGCCUUUACUGUAGAUUUGGGCGAUGAGAAGCCCAGCAAGAAAAUGAACAUGUCUGGAAGCCUUAGUGAAUUUGUGCCUUCUAAGAUUCGUAGAAGUUUUCGGGAGAGAUUAGAGAAGGCCUCCAGUAAGGCUUCUCAGCCAGUGAACAAAGAGGAGCUAAGUCAGAGUGAAGAGAGAGAACACUCGCCAACACGGCAGAAGAAGUUAGAGGACUUGUGGGGUAUGGCUGAGGAGAAGGUCAGUAAGAAACCCAAGACCCCUAGGCAUUCGGCAUCGAAGGCUGGGGGCGAUGGGCGCCUCAGUGGGGAGGAGGAGGGAAGCCUGAGGGAGGAGAAACCAGCACAGAACAACGCCUUGAAGAAAGCCUCAAAACCAUCAGACAGAAAGUCGCCCAAGGAAAGACAACCCUUUGAUUCCUCUACCUUCACAAAAGUAAAGUCUGCAUCUGGUAAGGUGAGGUCUGAGGGUGUGUCAGCUGAUGUGCCUCUGUCAGACCCAGCAAGCUUCCUGAUUGACAAAAUGUUUGAAACCUCCACGUGUAAACAAAGCCGGACAGAACAGGAAAUAAUCCCUCAGGUCACUGAGCAUGCUCUAUAUAAAGAAUCCACCCUCCAUGAUGCUGAGUACGUCCGUAAAUCAUCACGACUACCAAAAGCCCAGCAGGAUUUGGCAUACCUCAAACCUCAGAAAUCUGGACAAGAGCCUUUGGUGGCAGUGAGUAAGGUUAGAGCUCAGCGCGGCAAGGAGAAUGUGAUUGAUGCAGAAGAGGGUGACGAUGUGGGUGAGGAGGUAGAAAAAACGAGUGAGGCGGGAACAUACACGAUUGAGCUUGAUGAAGAGGCACAGGCUGAGGAAGAGGAGCAAGAGGCUCGACAGAGCAUUGACCACAUCUUUGGGAUCUCGCGGGAUGGUCUUAACCGGCCGGUGGUGGAUGAGGGAGAGACUUUCCACCGGAGUGAUGUGAACCACGAUGAUAGUGAGGAGCGGUCGAUGGAGGACCACCUGGAGCAGGUAGAAGAGGACCUGGAUAAGCUGGAGUGGCAGAGGGCAGAUGGUGGUCUGCUGAGCAGCAUGGAGGUGGAGGUAGGCAGUGGCUAUGACAGCAGGCAGCAGCAGUCUACAGACAAGGCCAAGGUGUCAGCACUUGAUGUGCCUCAGACCCUGAUCAAACAGAGAACGUUUCUUAAGGAGAAUGGCAGUCAUUCGUCACCUGAUGGUAAUAAGUCCUCAAGCAGUAAGGACUCCCUCAACUCCAUGUCCCCAUCAGAUCGUCCACCAAGUGGUCAUCAGAAGAAACGCCCAGGAACAGGUAGGAAGUUACCUUCCCUACCCUCAGGUAGUCCCAGAAGUGACCCCAGCCCAAGGCUCAGUGAUAUCGUGCAACGGACUCGUGAUUUCUCUCCCAAGGGAGAGAACUCUGCUGUCAAGAAGGAGAAAUCUGUCACAAUUUCUAGUCAUGUGGUGACUCACAAUGGAAAGAUGGACUCCAGUCGAAGUGGGUCGACUAGUGAUAUUACUCUUACUAAUGUGUCAAGUUUAUCUUCAUCAGAUUUACCUGAGAGGACUGUAAAGACUUCAAAAAGUGAAAGUGCUCGUAGUUUAGCGUCUAUAGACACAGAGAUUCUUCUGCGAGACACAGAGACUGUGAUGGCCGCCAUGGAGGCUAGGAUGGUGUCCAGACGUCAGGCCGAGGAGUGCAAUCAAGACUUCUGUUCAAUUUGUGAUUCAGACACAGAUGUGUCAAGCACUGUGGCAGUGGUAAAUGAGGUGCCUGAAAGCUCUGUGGGCAGGGGGAGGCAGGGAGAUAAACUGGUCAGCCACAGACUCGCCCAGGUCAAAGGUCAGAAGGUUAAACCUAAACCUGUUCAGAAACAGGACUCCACUCCUAAGCUACGCGAGUCGCCGGUCAGUGCGGCUAGUCUGAGUAGGAAGCUGAGCCUCCCGUGUGAUACUGACCGCUCUCUGGUGUCUGACGUUCUUAGUGAUAAUGAUUCUAUCAGCGUGCGCUCAGAUGCCAGCACGGAUUACAGUGAAACCAGUUCACAGCCUUCACGUAAGGGCUCUAAAGGGAAGGGUACUAUAACCAUGACGAGGCCAAAUCGUGCAUUCCAGUUGAGGAGACUGCGGGCAGAGGGCAGUACAGAGUCUCCUGAUAAUACUAAGUCAGACAGCUCCUCUGUGUGUACCAGUACCCCCAAAUCAACAGGCCGCCCGGUCUCUGGGCGCUCCAUAUCCCGACCAAACUCCACAGGGGCUUCAGAUCGCAGCUUAGGGGCAGCCAUUGCAAAGAAAGGCAAACAAAAUGCAGGUAACAGCCAGCAGAACUUCGCACGCACUGACGGCGGCAGGUAUAGCUUACGAUCCACCAAAAGUACCACAUCCACAACCAGCUCUAAAUCAUCAGCCUCGGGCAGCUCUAGCACAACCAAAACAUCAACACCAGAAACGGCACGCAAAAAGGAGCUCCGAGAUCUGAAAUCGCACCUGAAAAACAAGCACGAUUUAACAGUGACAGGUGUGAGCCACAAGAGUAGGUCUCAGCCACCAAGUCGCUCCAACUCACCCAAAACUCAGGAAAGAAAUGCUUGGAAACGGCGGAAAGAGUAUGAUCCAAGGAAAGCAGUGGCUGAGGCCAAGGCCAGUAAAGCGAGAGCAACAAAAGCCUCCUCCAACCCCCCACCAGCUGUUACCAAAACCAAGCGUCCCACCCCUGAAAGAGGUGCCUCCAAGAUGAAUCGCUCAGCCUCAUACACAAACAACGAGGAUUUUAACAAGUUUGGGCGUGAAUCGAUGGGUGACUCCAUGUCAAGUGAUGAUCUUAACAGUGCUCUGCAUGAAGAGGCUGCUGAUAACUUUAAUCAGGCAGGUUUUCAGCGGCCAUUCCGCCCGCGUGGGGCUCAGUCAAUGACCAGUGUACGGGACCACUGCGGUCAUAGUGGGGACGAGAAUAGCAGCUCACUGUCAGAGGAGAGCACGGAUCUCCCUCUAAGUUAUGGUAUGUUAAGUCUGCGUCCUUAUAAGUCGGCCUUCACACCUCCACCCAAAAGCAGGUCUCCGGCCUCACCCCCUCUCUCUCCACCAUUCCGUCGUGCUAACAACUCUCACGAUCUUUACUCUGCCCGGUCCGUGCCGGGAUUGGUCCACAGACACACUGACCUCCACACGCAGUCGUAUGACAAUUUGAUCAUUUCGUCAAUCUACCAGCUGUCUCUGAAGCUGAAGACCUCAACUGAUCGCACCCUGGAGAAACUCAGGGAUAAUAGACGUGUCAGUGGCAGUCCCUCACCAGUAUUUGAACUCAGCAACCAACCAACCAGCGGUGAAAUUCCCGCAUGGAAUGCAGCCAAUCAGGAACUGGCAGCUAUUUUGAAAAAUUUGAGGAAAAUGGACCAUCGUAUGCAGGUGAUCAACAAAGCUCUGUUUCCGGGAGAGGAAGGAGGGACCGAGUCAGCACGACUAACCAGUCGAGAAAAGAAACAGUACCUUCAAGAAAUCCAGAGAAUCCAUGAGCUGGCUGGCUUCCGACCCAUUGAUAACCCAGAACAAGUAUGGAAGAUGCCAGGAGAGGAGGAGACAGAGGACAUUGACGAUAACACCUCAAAUGUUUCGGAAAUUGAGGAUUUUGUGGAUGAGGAGUAUUAUUGACACCGAUGAUCACUUACAGUGGACCUUUUGACUCUUCAGAUUUUUCAUACUUACAGUGUACUUCCUACAGCUUGAUCUAGUCUAGCAAGCUUAUGUCGAUAUACAUAUAUAUAUAUCUCAGUACUCCAAAUCCUCUGUCUGCAGAAUGGUGUGGUUUUGCAUGAAGGUGUAAGGCUGUACGACAGCAGAUAAGCAGGCUUGUUAUGACAGAUGUCCAAGCUCAUUAGGACAGAUGUACAGGCUAACUGUACCAAAUGUCCAGGUUCAUGGUAGCCAGUAUUCAGGCUAACUCCAGCAGAUGUUUGCAAUGAUUACAACAGCUAAGAUGUUAGCUGUUCAGGUGAUUUCCUGACUUGGGUAGAAAUAUGUGCCAACAACAGGUUGUCAGUUGGAUUCCCAGUCAGAUUCCAGUCAGAUUCAGGCAUUGUGCGAUUGAUCACAUAGUGAUGAUGGAUCACAUAGUGAUGAUGAAUCACGUGGCCUGGAUUUGAUGGGAGUGAACUGACUUGUGUUUAUUUAGGCAAAUUGUGUAUACAUAACCAUCAUAGUUGCCGGCCAGAAACUUUUGAUGCAGUCUUCACAUGUAUAAGCCUGGAUAAUGUGUGUGCGACAAAACUGCAAACAUCAUGUAUCACAGGUCUUUGUGUUAACCUUUUGAUUUGUACUCCGCUUUUAUAUACAAUGGUCAGACCCAUGUAAACACUUGUACUUGUAGGUACAUUUCUAGUCUUAGUUCUUCAGUACAUUGGUUUGUCUAGUUACUGCAGCUGUAUCAAGUUCCUGUAUCCGUCCUCUGUACAGAUGUCUAUCAACUCAUCAGUUCAGUGCUCCAAUGUUUUGUGCCUGUCUUAUUUAUAUAUUUAAUAUUUUUUCAUUAUGUCAAGACCUAGGUUAUGUCGCCUUUUUCAUCAGUAUCUGAGCUAGAUCACCAACAUUACUUUUCAUAUUAGUAUUACCAAAUCUAAUAUUAAGGGCUCUCUGGUAUGAAGAUGAGAGGGUUAAAUUGGGUGAUCCACAUGGGUGUAGGCCAUAUUGUCUCUGGGCUGCAUUGCUCUGACUCUAGUUGGAUUCCACAUGCAUUCUAUGCAUAUUCAUCAUGUCACCUCAACACGCAAAGCAUUGGUGCAGAUUCUCCUUACUUGUAUCAUAGUUUAUAAGGAUAGUAUGAUCUGUGUUUGUAGAAAUCUGGCUCAAAGAAUGGUAGAACGUGAAGAAAUACAUAUUUAAUUUUGUCAAAUGCCUAGAUAUUGUUUGUGAUGUGGGGACUAGACAAUAAGAACGAUAGAUUGAUCUCAUUUUGUUUUGUAUAUGAUAAGUUGUACAUCAAAUAGCAUUAUGUAAGAAAGGCUUGUAAAUUAGAUGGUCGUGUUUAUGAAGUGGCUUAGCUUCAGGUUGUGAUAUAUUGCUUCACCCUGUGUAUAUACAUGUAAUGUGAAGCUAAAUUUGUAGUGGGAAGCUUGUGUAUAAUGAACAUGAAGUAAGCUUAUUGCAAAGAUGGGAUGUACUUUUUUGCCUUUGGUGCUUUUCAGAAGCUGUUUAUUGAUUCGUGCCGUCACUGGGGAUAGUGACUCUGAUAUUGUUGAAUAACAUUUACAACAGGGUCUGUUUAGUUUGUCUGACUUUAAAUAUGGAAGUGAGCCAUGUUAUAGAACACUCUAGCUCAUAGAGCAUCAUGCACUAUUUUGACACCACAUAUACAUGUAUGAUCAACAAUUAACUGUCACUUUGGAUGAUCUUAGGCUAGUACCUUCUUGUAUCGUAGAUGCCUUUUGAUUCUUGUAAAUCCCUCAGUGGUACUAAGUUUAACAUGUAGAAUGUACUGUGUACCGGUAACAAAGACCUACUUAAGUGUCAAAACCCUGCAAGCGAAACUCUCCACUAAUCACAAAUUCUGUUUUACAGGGUAGAUUGUUUCUCUGUUGCCAGUUGCCAUGUUUAUCAGUGAUAUUCUAUACCUCAUUUUGUGUUUUUCUUUAAAUUUCCUUACAUUUCCAAAUCAUAUCACAAAGGUCAUAUAAGAACUUACAGACACCUUCAUAAAGCUCACAGGAUUUACCGGUUUCUUUCAGCGUAGAAUGGAAAAUGUUAUUAGAUGGCAUAAUUUACACUUCCCGUUUGUCAACAAAUUCAUACAUUUACCUCUUUUAUUACAUAUUUCAGGUCGGAUACAAAUACUGUUAUUGAAUGCCUUUGAGAUAUUCACUGCAGUUUGCCAUUUCGCAGAUAAAUAAAUUAGAAUUUUUGUGUUUAUAGUGAAGCAAUGUAUGACACAUCAGUUGUGUUUCAUGUGUGGCUUUGAGCUAGAUCCCUUUGACAGAGCUUUUUCUGUGAGAUUCCUCCACCACUAGGACUGGUCAGCAUUUCUGAGCUGUGUGAAACUUGACAUUAGCCUGGCUGAUAUUCAGACACUGAUCUACUGACAUUACUUGGGUGUGCGUGGCAUACCAGUAUAUCGUCACAACUACCCCGAACAAGACCUCUGCCGUAACAAAUUAUUUAUUACAAUCUGAUGGUAAUGCAUCCAAUAAAACCAUUUGCUUUGGAAAAAA